GGCGGUGGAUUCGUGGCGUCUCCUGCUAAUCCAUCUGCUCCACACGGCUCCACUGCUCGAGACGCCGGAGAGCGAGAGCCCGCCUGCAGCGAUGGCGACCAAGCAGCACUUCCUCCUCCUCGCCGCGGCGGCGACGCUCCUCCUCCUCCCCUCCGGCUCCACAGCCACCGCCGUCGAGUACUGCAAGAAGGGGCGGGACUACCCAGUGAAGGUGAGCGGCGUGGAGGUCGUCCCCGAUCCCGUCAUCAGGGGGGAGCCGGCUACCUUCAAGAUCUCUGCCUCCACAGAUAAAAACAUCACUACAGGGAAGCUAGUGAUAGAUGUUGCAUACUUCAUCUUCCACGUUCAUUCAGAAACUCACAACUUCUGUGAUGAGACCUCUUGCCCAGCAACUGGUGAAUUCAUGCUAGCUAGCCAACAGACAUUGCCAUCAUUCACCCCGCCAGGUUCUUACACUCUCACUAUGAAGCUGCUGGGAGACAGCAACGAGGAACUGACCUGCAUCUCAUUCGGGUUCAGCAUAGGGUUUGUUACACCUAAUGCCAUUUUCUAAAACUCAACCAGCGUUUGUGUGCCUAAUGUGCCAUGGAUGUACUUACACAACACUCUUAUUCCACCUCACUUUCGUAUGGCUUAGAAUGUGUGUUCAACCACCCUCUUUUAUUCGGAGUUGAACAUCUAACUACAUACAUCAACAGCACCUUGUUUUGUUGGUGCAGUUGUUAUGGUCUUGUCA